UACCACCGACCACCAUAACUAUUCUCACUUUCCUCCGAAUCUAAUUCUGUCUUUCUUUCUCUGCCGUCUUAACCUUUACAGGAGAAACGAACUCCACACAACAGUGUCUGCGAACUCCAAUUCCCAAACCCUAGUUAACGGACUUGAAUCCAACGAAUCAGGAAGUGGCGGCUUAGGUGUUGGGGGGAGUGAGAAAUGCAGCGUGCUCCGGUGACGGUUGAGGAACAGUUGUUGCAGAAAGCGAUUAAGGAAGAGUGUGCGUGGGAGAAUCUUCCGAAGCGGCUUCAAGCUACACUUUCUUCUAAAGAAGAAUGGCACAGAAGGAUAAUCGACAGUUGCAUAAAGAAGAGACUUCAGUGGAAUAGUUGUUUUGCUCGUAAAGUUUGUAAAGAAAGUGAAUAUUAUGAAGAGAUGAUGCGUUACUUGCGGAAGAAUCUUGCUCUAUUCCCUUAUCAUCUGGCAGAGUAUAUUUGCCGUGUAAUGCGAGUAUCACCUUUCAGAUACUAUUGUGAUAUGAUUUUUGAAGUAUUGAGAAAUGAGCAACCUUAUGACAGCAUCCCAAAUUUUAGUGCAGCAGAUGCUUUAAGACUUACAGGAAUUGGGAGAAAUGAAUUUAUUGAUAUAAUGAACAAGUGCAGAUCUAAGAAAAUCAUGUGGAAACUGAACAAGUCAAUUGCAAAAGAACUUUUACCUACACAACCUGUGGAUUUUCCUAUUGAACCUUGGUGGGGAAUUUGUCUAGUGAACUUUACUUUGGAAGAAUUUAAGAAACUUUCAGAAGAGGAAAUGGCCAUGAUAGAUAAAAUAUGUAAAGAGGAAGCAAAUUCAUUUAUCCUGUUCGAUCCUGAUGUUGUAAAGGGUCUUUAUAGCAGGGGAUUGAUCUAUUUUGAUGUUCCUGUAUAUCCUGAUGAUCGAUUUAAAGUUUCCAGGCUUGAAGGUUUCGUUUCCAACAGGGAGCAGUCUUAUGAAGAUCCUAUUGAAGAGUUAUUAUAUGCAGUUUUUGUUGUUUCAAAUGAAAACGCAUCUGUGGCUGAAUUGGCAGCAACCCUACAGGCUGACUUGUCACAACUGCAGGCUGCUGCAUCUUUUGUAUGUCGAUUGGGAUGGGCAACAAAAGUAAUUGAUCCAGCAUCUAUUCUUCAAGAUACAAACAUACCUGGGUCUCCUAGAAGUGUAGUCAGUGAUGAAGAUGCUUCUAUUGCUAGUCAUGGUUUUGAUAAUUUGCUUAUUGAUAAUGAUACGAAUCAAGGUGACACUUCAAGUUCAGGGAACUAUGGUCCUCAUUCUGCCUAUACUCGUGUAGCGUUCAUAGUUGAUGCUAAUAUAACAUCAUAUCUUAUGAUGGGUUCUGUUUCACCAGGCCUGAAAUCUCAUGCUGUUACACUCUACGAAGCAGGGAAAUUGGGACAUGCCAGCAUUGCUGAUCUUUGCAAGGAUCUUAGUACUCUGGAAGGUGCCAAAUUUGAGGGGGAACUGCAGGAAUUUGCAAAUCAUGCAUUUAGCUUGCGUUGUGUCUUAGAAUGUCUACAAUCAGGUGGAGUUGCUUCUGAUGCAAAAGUGGGCCAAGAUAAGAUUGAUAUGGCUACUCUAAGCAAUGAGUGUAGUUCUCUAAUAUCUGAAAUCUCUCUGACCGGCAAAUCAGGAGAUUCUGGUAUUACAGAAGCUGGGAUGAAUACUUAUGAUAUAUUAACUCCAGAUUUAGACAAGUCAGUAGAGGCUUCUGCUUCCAUCGAAGCUGCUCCUUGUAACAUGGUUGGUGAAACCAGUUGUAUUCCUUUUGAAGGUGAUGAUAGUCAUGUACAGGAAGCCCGUGAAGAUGGAAAUCUUCAGAAUAAUGAGAAACUAAUGGUUGAAGAGUCAGAUGUUGGAACAGAAAUGUUGAAAAGAAAAAAGAAAUAUCGUGUAGACAUUCUCCGCUGUGAAAGCUUGGCUUCUCUUGCACCAGCAACCCUUGAUCGAUUGUUUGUACGUGAUUAUGAUGUAGUUGUGUCCAUAGUGCCUCUUCCUCAUUCAUCAGUUCUUCCUGGACCCACAGGCCUGGUUCAUUUUGGCCCCCCAUCGUAUGCUUUUAUGACACCUUGGAUUAAAUUGGUAUUAUAUUCAACUGUAAAUAGUGGGCCUCUUUCAGUUGUUCUGAUGAAAGGACAGUGUUUGCGCUUUCUUCCUGCUCCAUUGGCUGGUUGUGAGAAAGCUCUCAUAUGGUUUUGGGAUGGUUCCACAGUAGGAGGGUUGGGAGGGAAGCAUGGAGGAAAUUUAGUAAAGGGAAGUAUACUCUUGCAUUGUUUAAAUUCAAUUCUUAAACAUUCAGCUGUGCUGGUGCAGCCUUUAAGUAGGUUUGACCUUGAUGAAUCUGGUAAGAUGAUCACAAUGGAUAUCCCUUUGCCCUUAAAGAACUCUGAUGGAUCUAUUACUUCUGUUGGAAAAGAGUUAGGAAUAUGUGAAGGGGAAAGUUCAAAACUGAAUUCUCUCUUGACUGAUUUGGCAAACAAGAUGGAGUUGUGGACGGUUGGGUAUAUUCGCCUACUGAAAUUAUAUAAUGAAGGAGAAUCAGACCAGUUCUCACCUGAAGAGAAGUAUGAAUGGGUUCCGUUGAGUGUUGAAUUUGGGAUGCCACUAUUCAGUCCAAAGUUGUGUAAUAAUAUAUGUAGAAGGGUUGUUUCUUCUGAAUUACUUCAAUCUGGCUCAUUUGAAAAACACCAUCAUGCAAUGCAAAGCUUAAGAAAAAAAUUGAACGACAUUUGUGCCGAGUACCAAGCAACAGGACCUGCUGCGAAGAUUCUUUACCAGAAGGAGAAAGCUAAAGAAUCCUCACGACAACUUAUGAAUUAUGCUAGUGGAAGGUGGAAUCCACUCAUGGACCCUUCUUCUCCCAUUUCUGGGGCGUCAAGUGAGCAUCAAAGGUUAAAACUUGCUAAUAGACAACGCUGCCGAACCGAAGUUUUAAGCUUUGAUGGCAGCAUUCUUAGAUCUUAUGCCUUAACUCCUGUGUACGAAGCUGCCACAAGGCCCAUUGAAGAAGCUUCCACAAGGCCAAUUGAUGAAGCUACUCAAGACAACACAAUAAAAGCUGAAACAGAUGAUAGUAAAGAUGUAAUCCUUCCUGGAGUAAAUCUUAUUUUCGAUGGUUCUGAGCUGCAUCCGUUCGAUAUUGGUGCCUGCCUCCAGGCACAUCAACCUAUUUCCUUAAUAGCAGAGGCAGCUGCUGCUUCAGCAUCUUUAGCAAUCAAAUAGCUCUGCAGUUAACAUACAUUAUACCACUUUGAUAAGCAUGAAUGGUGAAUGCUAAUGCUAGUGAGUCACGUGCCAAUAUUGUUGCUACUGUUUGGUUUGUCACCAUCUUCGAGAUUGUUAGUUGCCCAAAUGGUUGGACUCCGAUUAAUGGUUGCAUUUGUUUCGAGUUUUGCGAGUGCCAGAAAUUCACGUCAGUUAGAGCUGUGAAAAGAAGAAACGUGUUAUCGUUGCUAAUGAAAGUCCAUACUUGUGUAGGAGACAUUGUUCCUGUUGCAUGCUUGCAGCAAAACGGACAUUGUUCCAGCGUAAUUCAUAUUAAAGGAAAAUAUGGCCAUACGAGACAUCAUUAUUGCGUUCCGUCUUUUAAAAUGUGAAUUCAAUGUCUUUUACUUCAAUUGCUUCUUUUGUUACCAAUGUGCGUGUGUAAUUCUUUUAAUUCCAUGUUAGUUUAGGAAAAAUAUUGUGCGUGAUAUAAUCUUUCUUUUGUGACACGUCCGUUGCAGAUAAGAACUUUUGCUUGCACUGACCAAGAACGUCAAGAUCAUUCAAGAUUAAAAUUCAAAGAACAGCCAGCCAAGUGGUAGAGAUUCUUUUAUUUUCUAACACCUUUUAGUAAUACCCAAAUUGAUUCUAUUAAGGAGAUACAUUAAAUAUCAAGUUGGUCUAAUACAAAUUUAGAAAUGAGGUUACCCCCUCAAUCUUUGACGUUGACA